GUUUCUUCUCCUCUAUUCGAAACCCUAGAGCGCUGCGGUUUCUGAAAUUAGGGUUUAAGAGUCGAAUCACUUAGCAACGAUCUCACUCACGCGGAUCGCAAUUCGUUUUGAUAGAUACUCAUAUCGAUCCUUUCCUUUGAUCGGUGAUGGUGUCUGAGUCCAGAACCGGCGGUAAUCGGGCGACGGGGCCCGACGACGACGAGGAAGAGAGAAAGGUGAUUGAAUCGAUUAAAGAAAUCGUGGGCAACCACUCUGACGCCGAUAUCUACGCCGCCUUAAAAGAAUCUGACAUGAACGCCGACGAGGCUGUUCAGAAGCUGAUUCAUCAAGAUCCAUUCCACGAGGUGAAGAGAAGAAAAGACAGGAAGAAAGAGGAUGCAGUACUGGUUGAGCCUGCCAACGUAAAGAAACCUCUUGAAAGUGCUACCAGUGAAGUAAAAGUUCGUACACAGCCUGAACAUAAUGUUCGGAGAGGAGGAUACAAUAGGAAUAUCUUCCCUAGGAACGCUGCUCCACAAAAUGCGUUUCCUAGGAAACCUCUUGAAAGUGCUACGAGUGAAGUGAAAGUUCGUACACAGUCUGAACAUAAUGUUCGAAGAGGAGGCUACAGUAGGAAUGUCUUCUCUAAGAACGCUGCUCCGCGAAAUGCAUUUGCGAGAAAUCCUGCUACUGGAUCCAAGAGAGAGUUCCGCGUUGUUAGAGACAACAGGUCUAAUCCAAAUGCUGAUGAAGAGUUGAAGCAUUCUACCGCUCAGUCUCCUGCAUCAAAUAUCAGCAAAGUAGCGACCACUGAGAACAAAAAAGGGUCAACAGGUGGUUUAGGCAAUCAUCACUCUUCUGGGGCUCAAGGUUUUACCGAAGAUUGUAAAGCAGCAGCAGAUGUCAGGCCCAGAGAUUCUGAAAUUGCUCCAUUACACCAUCCUACCAGAAAAGAAGUCUCUGAUGGAAAGGAGACAUCCCGUGGUGCUACUUUGCCAUCAACCAAUUCAGUUUCGUCUUCCACAGAUCCAGUUCAUGUACCGUCUCCUGUUUCUAGAUCAUCACCUGUGGGAGCUAUUAAACGUGAAGUCAGAGGUGGAGGCUUUGGUGGAAAACCUUCUGAAGUUAUUGUUAAAGAUCCAUCUGCUGGUGCUCUGUCAAAAAUUGGGACUCCAAAUGCAUAUCGACCAUCUUCCCCAAAUUCAAAGAAGGAUCAAGUCAGCCAAACUACUCCACGAGAGUCUGUUUUGCCCAGCGGUGUGGAAAAGCAUAGGCCUCUUCUGAACAGGCAGCGUGGGAACAGAGGAAGCCAAUAUGCUAGGACACAACAAGUUGGUGGCCAUACAAAAGGGGUCUCACAGAACAAGGAGUGGAAGCCUAAAUCGAUUCAGAAACCCGUUGGACAUAACCCUGGAGUAAUUGGAACACCAACAAAGUCUCAGGCUUGUCGUCCUGCUGAUAAUAUUACAAAACUGGAAUCAGAGGCUGUUAAGUUGCAAGAUAAGCUUUCACAUGUUCAUAUCAGUGAAACACAGAAUGUCAUCAUCGCAGAUCAUAUUCGCCUCCCAGAGACUGACCGAUGUCAGCUUACUUUCGGUAGCUUUGUUCAAGAGUUUAGUUCUUCAAUGAAUUCAGAACCUGCUGCUUUCCAGGAAUCAUGCUCUUCAGAAGAACUUAGAGACUCUGAUCGUAGUUCGCCAGUUACUGCUCCAGAGACUUUAGCAGAUGGUCCGGGGGUUAAGCCUAUCGAUAUUCUUGAUGAUCAUCUCAGAGUUUCUGAAUCUGACUCACGUGUAUCGGUUCCAUCUGAGCAACUGUUGCCGGAAGAGAAGGAGGCUCAUAGAUCUGACAAUUUGGACGAGUACUCGGAAAUGCUAAAAAAUUCUGACACUCUCGUCCCUUUCCAGCAGGCGUAUGGUAAUCACGGUAGUUAUGACUUCCCGUAUUUUAGUCAGACAAUGGAUGAAAACUCGCGAGGACAAGGCUUACCAUCUCAGCAGGAGCAAGCAUCAAGUACUCACAUGGUGAACAAUGCCCCUCCGUCUACGAUUCCCAUGCUGCAGCAGCAGCAACAACAACAACAACAACAACAGGGGUCAAUGCAACAGAUGUACCCGCAGGUUCAUGUUUCGCAUUUUCCUAGUCUCAUGCCUUACCGUCAGUUCGUCUCCCCAGUCUAUGUUCCACAGAUGCCCAUGCCAGGCUACUCAGGUAACCCAGCAGCAUAUGCACACCCUUCAAGUGGCAAUAGCUAUGUUCUGAUGCCUGGAGGUGGUUCACAUCCCGGUUCAAAUGGUGUUAAGUAUGGCAUCCAGCAAUUCAAGCCAGUACCAGGUGGUCCUACGGGUUUUGGGACUUACAACAGUCCUAACGGGUAUCAGAUUAAUCCUCCGAAUGUAGUUGGAAACGCCAUGGGACUUGAAGAUCCAUCUCGCAUGAAAUACAAAGAUGGAAAUAUUUACGUUCCAAACCCUCAGGCUGAGACUUCUGAGAUUUGGAUGCAGAACCCAAGAGAUCUUUCCAACCUUCAGUCUCCUCCAUAUUACAACGUAGCUGGACAAACGCCUCAUGGUGCUUAUUUACCAUCCCAUACAGCACAUCCAUCCUUCAACGCCCCUGCAGCAGCAACACAGUCAUCUCAAAUGCAGUUCCAGGGUCUCUUCCACCCGCCACAGCCUGGUACUAUGGCGAAUCUGCACCACAUGGGGCCUGGGCUUGGUGGUAAUGUCGGAGUUGGGGUUGUGCCCUCUCCUCCUUCUCAACUUGGUCAUCCGAGUUGGUCAGCAAACUUCUGAAAAAAAGAAGUCUUAACCUUCCUCUACUUGUCUAAUGGAUCAUAAUAGCUGAAAGCAAAUGCUCUGUUUUUCCUUGUGAAACGGCCAAACUCUGUUUUUUUUUUUAGUCAAAUGAAUGCAUAAAGUGUUCCCAGCUCUCAACAGUUAUCUAGUAAAUGCUCUAUCCCUG